GUAGGGCUGAGCUCCGCGGGAGAUGGUUCUGAGCAGGCCGCUCACUGGUUGAGAUAGGGCUACCCUUGUCGGGGAAGGAAGGGAGGGUUUAAGCUUGUCCUGUUGCUGAAUGUCCCGCCAGGUGGACGAAGAGAGAGUUUUGAACCUCGCUCAGAGAUGGCCCAAAACGAGCGUAUUCCUACUGUCCUCCUCCGCAUCUAUCCUGGCCGAGAUAGCAACCUUUCCUCUUGAUAUCACAAAAACUCGACUCCAGAUGCAAGGAGAAGCUGCAUUUUCCCGUUUUUUAAGAGAUACUUCCCCUUAUCGAGGCAUGUUAGAUACAACCUUUGGCAUCAUACGGGAGGAAGGCUUUCUAAAGCUUUGGCAAGGAGUAAUACCUGCACUUUAUAGACAGAUAGUGUAUACUGGGGUCCGAAUGGUCGUCUAUGAAUAUUACCGUGACAUUAUUUUUGAAAAAUCAGAAUACAAAAGAUUUACCCUUUUGCAAACAGCCAUGGGAGGAAUGCUGUCUGGUGCAUUUGCUCAGUUUCUUUCUAACCCUGCUGAUCUAGUGAAGGUUCAGUUGCAGAUGGAAGGAAAGAGGAAACUUCAAGGAAAGGCUUUACGAUAUCGUGGUGUACAUCACGCCUUUCUAAAAAUCUUGAAAGAGGGAGGAAUACUUGGCCUUUGGGUAGGCUGGGUACCAAAUGUCCAGAGAGCUGCCUUGGUGAACAUGGGAGAUAUAACCACUUAUGAGUCAGUGAAGCACUUCUUAAAAUCAAACACAUCACUUGAAGACGGUAUCCUGAUUCACAUCACAGGAAGUACAUGUUCUGGACUUGUAACUUCUAUUUUGGGAACACCAGCUGAUGUCAUCAAAAGCCGCCUGAUGAAUCAACCAACAGAUAAAAAUGGAAAAGGACUGCUGUAUAAAUCUUCAGUUGACUGCUUGAUUCAGUCUGUACAAGGUGAAGGAUUUCUGAGUCUGUAUAAAGGCUUUCUACCAUCUUGGCUGCGAAUGGUUCCUUGGUCAUUAGUAUUCUGGCUUUCUUAUGAAAAAAUCAGAUAUAUGAGUGGAGUCAAUCCAUUUUAAGACUUUUAAAAG